AUGUCCGAAGAGCCUAAUUAUGAGCAGAACAUUGGUUUCGACACCCAGGAGGAGGCGGUUCAGUCAACGCGACCCCGCCUGCAUCUAUCACCGGAAUUUCUCUCCAAACGCCUACACUACUGUUCCAAAUGCAGAUGGAUAUUCGAGAAUGCAGAUCUGAGUAUUCAGGACUACCCGGGAAAAGAAUAUGACUUUCAUAACUGGGCGGGGUUGAGUGACGCGGCUAGGGAGGGAUGUCACCACUGUUAUGUUCUGCUAAAUACCUUGGACGAAGAGCAUAUCUUGCGACUCACGGGUCCAGAUAACUUGGAGUCGCAAGAAAAUACAAAUCCACUCAAGUUAAGGAUACGGUCCUAUGACCGUGCCUGGACUGGGACGCCUGGUAUAAUGACAUCGUGGGAAUUGCAUUCGGUCAAACAGAAACUGUAUGACAUACACUUGGAACCACUUGAAGAUGGCAUAGACCUAAUGGCUAACUCCCUACUCUUAUCCUUUGUCCUGCCAACUAGCUGGGUUGACCAGUGCUCUGCCACCCACCCUUCCUGCAAUGCACGGAUUCGUCAGGAUUCUCGGGAUCGCAAGCCCACCCGCCUGUUAUUUGUGGGUGAUCUUGUCAACCCUUGGGUCAAUCUUUGCGAGACAAAAACUCUGGAUUUAUCGCGAACAGAUUACAUGACGCUUAGUCAUUGUUGGGGUGACGGUGUUCCGCUACGUCUCACACACGACAACUACAACAGAUUUCUUGCAGGGAUUGAGUUCAGCGAAAUACCGAAAACAUUCAGAGAUGCCAUUGACGCAACCCGGCGACUGAGUGUCCAGUACUUGUGGAUUGACUCUUUGUGUAUUGUCCAAGACUCUCGGGAAGAUUGGCUCCACGAAUCCGCAAAGAUGCAUCAUAUCUAUCAGAACUCAUACCUCAAUCUCAUGGCGGCUGCUUCAUCCAACUCCCACGGUGGGCUCUAUUCAUCCAAGUAUCCCUUCCUCAGUAUCCCAUUUCUUGUGCCCCUCGGAGAUCCCCGCAAACCAAAAAUCGCCUGCUAUCGUUACAUGAAUGCUAGGAGAGAAAAGCUCGAUAAUCUCACUCUCUUCUCAAGAGGUUGGGUGAUGCAAGAGCGAGUCUUGGCUCGACGAAACCUCAUCUUCGGAAAAGAGAUACAUUGGGAGUGUCACGACUCUACCGGGUCCGAAAGCUUCCCUGUUGGAACUGCACUUGAAAAGCGACAGCACACUGUAGAGGGACAAACAGAUGCAAGCCGCCGCACUGUCUGGCAAAUUAUCGUGAAGAACUAUUCACGCUUGAACCUGACGUUUGCAAGCGACAGGCUCAUUGCAAUCGCGGGCAUGGCCGCCGAGUUGGGACAGCUCUGGGACAGCGUCCAAUACUACGCCGGUCUCUGGUCAUUGCAUCUCCGUGCGAGCCUUCUGUGGUGUAGCAGGAAGCCCUCUGUUCAAGCGAAGAGUUUUAUAGCGCCAUCUUGGUCGUGGGCGUCUGUCGGCACAGAAGUACAGUGGUUUGACGCUGACGACUUUGAUGGGCUAGCCGAAGUUUUGCAGGUGGAUGUUGUCUUGACGUCGCAUGGACAUCCAUUUGGCCCUGUGACCAGGGGUUCUAUCCAUCUCAAUGGGCCCAUGUGCCAAGCGAAAUUAGUCAAGACAAAGUAUACAGAGAUCUUGUGCUUCGAUCAAGACACUGAAGAUGCGGUUUCAAAAGCUGACACGACCGAGGAUGAUGAUGCCACCACUCAGUCCGGAUUCCGCACAACGGUGGUGCUCGACCACUACCCUUGGAGCGAGCAAGAGAUGGCUGCUGAGACGGACGUAGACAUCACGGUUUAUGUGGCCCCUCUGCAAACCGACAUUGACCUCAAACUGACCUAUUCCGGUCUGCUGCGACUGGGCGGGCUCCUUUUGCUACCAACAGGCUCGUUUUCAGGACAAUUCCGAAGAAUCGGGCACUUUUUUAUCCAGGACCAAUGGGGAAUGGAUGGCCGACGCGUCUAUGAGGAACGGAUAGCACGAAUGAGAAAAGAAGGGAAAAUACAGCAGAAGGAUGAGAAACCCCCAGGCUUUGUGGACCGAGAGGAGUGGUUGAAAAGAGACCCCUUUGGCAACGGUGUGAUCACCAAAACGCUCCGCUCUCGCUAUAACUCAGCCGUUGAUCUGGGUUAUGCUGGAGAGAUUAGUAACUUUUUGGGUUAUAUCGAUCGAUGGGCAGAAGAGCACAGGAAACUGGGUAUCAUGGACCCCAAUCUUGGAGAAGAAGAUGUUGAAGCCAAGGGGUGGUACAGAUACGAGAUUGUCUGA